CCAUAAACCACAUUGUUACAUCCACAUCUACCUCUUCCUCUUUCUUAAAUUUCUUAGAGGAAGAAAAAAAUGGCUCUUUCUAGGAAAUCAUACUCUUACUCAAAGAUGGAUAAAGAAGAUCCUCAAGAAAUACUUCAUAGAAGAGCACAAUUCUUAAUCUACAAGGUGUUGGAACAAGCGAAUUCUCGACGAAAACAAUCUUGUCUUAGGAUAAAAAUAUCUAAGUUGAAGGUGAAGAUUGGGAAGAGGUUGAAGAGGCUAAGAAAGAGAAUUAUGUCAAGUGUGGUUGCAACUAGGGUUGGUAUUCAUGGACAUGUUGUGAGUCAAUUGAAAGCAUUGAAACGUUUGUUUGGGAGAGAAAAACAAACCCUUUUAACCAUUCCUUCUCUUAUGAUCAAAUAAUGCUACAUACAUAUGUAUGCGAGCAAAUUCGAAAUCUAGCAAGUGAUUGUUAUGCGACACAGAAUGUAUGAGUGUUGUAAAUCUCAGAUAUUGAAACUCAAUGAUGUUUUUUUUGUGUUAUACAAUGUUAGUGUUAUGUUUUUUUUUUCAUAUAUGUCAUAUGUUUUUCUUUAGGUUAGGAAAGAGUGAAAUUUUGAAUUCUCCUCAAGAUCAAUAUAGUUUAAUCUUGCAUUUUCUUUUUCUAUCUUCCUUCUCCCUUUCUUUUUUGUUUUGUUAGAUUCUUUGAAUA